UUUCAAUAUCUUAUCAAUUGCUUUCAAAAUUCAUGCCAUCAAGUUACUACUGUCAUCAUCACAUUAUCUUUAUGAAUCAAUAUCUUCUAACAUUGAUUGCUUUCACAUUGAAAGUGCCAUUACUAUACAGCCACCCUAACAGUUCCACAGUUAUUAUGAUAUCAUGAUUUGUUCCUGAUCCUGAAUAGUGAAUAAUAUGAUGCCUUUUUCUGCUAAUAAGAAUUUCACUAUGUUUCUUACCUAAUUAUAGCAUUGAUUUGAUUUAUGCCUCUUAAUGGUUGUAGGAUUUGAUUUGACCUUGUCAUGUGUUUCAAAAUAACAUAACAUGAUCAAAAAUUUCAUGUUACUAAUGUUGCAGUAACCCUUUUAACAAAAUAUUCAUGCAGAUUUCAGUGAAAAGAUUGAAAGUUUGGAGCAACAAAGCAGAUGGGGAAUUUGCAGUUGAACUUGAGAUAUUGGGAAGAGUACAACACAAGAAUCUUAUUGGUUUACGCGGCUAUUGUGCCGAAGGACAAGAACAAUUAAUUGUGUAUGAUUAUAUGCCAAAUUUUAACCUGUUCGCCCAUCUUCAUGGACCACAAUCAGCAGAAUGUCUUCUUGAUUGGAGUCGACGGAUGAAUAUUGCCAUUGGAUGUGCUGAGGGAGUUGUAUACCUUCACCACCAAGCAACGCCGCGUAUCAUCCACAGGGAUAUCAAGCCAAGUAGUGUGUUGCUGGAUUCAAAUUUCGAAGCUCUAAUUGGUGGUUUCGGAUUUGCUAAGUUGAUCCCUGAUAGCAAAAGUCAAGUGACUACAAAUGUUAAGGGUACCUUAGGCUACCUUGCACCAGAAUAUGCUAUGUUUGGUAAAGCAAGUGAAAGUUGUGAUGUUUAUAGCUUUAGUAUUCUCCUUCUAGAACUAGCUAGUGGGAGAAAACCAAUUGUAAAGGUUAGUUCCACAUUGAAGCAAUAUUCAAUUAUCCUUCUCAAGCAAGAAUUGUUGGGUCGCGAGGGGAAACAUAACGAAUUGAAUGACUCACAUUUGAGGGGGAGAAUGUUGUGA